AUGGCAAAUCAAUUUAUAGGCUUGCAUAUGCAAGUGGUGAUGAGAGAUCCUCCGGGGAAUGUGUUCACAGGAACCGUCGUGGACGUGCAGGCAGGCAGCGGCUUGACUUUGACUAACGUAUUCAUGGCAAACACCAAGCAAUGGUUCCCAACUAUACAAAUCCCCGCAGCUAACAUUGCUGAUCUAUCCGAGAUCAAGGACAAACCAUCAACAACGUAUGCGCCCGCCCCUGUCGAACCUAUCGUCACUGCGCCUACUUUGACACGACCGCCUGCGCAGCCUGCCUUUGUUGACCCGGCCAUUCUCAGCUUGGGACGACCGCCUGCACCAGCGGCGUCUUCGGGACCCGAUACAAGGGCUUUGGCACAGGAGAGCGAAAGAACAGAAUUGCCGGGCAUUCCCGUGAAUGCUGCAGUUUCUACGCCUGGACGACCUACUCCGGACCACGAUUUGUCAGGCUCUAUUAAGAACUUGUCCAUUGGCGAAACAUUGGUGGAAACGGGUAAUGGUGAUUUACCUGAGGGCCAUGCCACCCGAUCUGCUAAGAAAAAGAAUACCAAUCGUCGCUCACGCCAAACCAAACAAGGGAAGAGUCAGCGUGUGGAAGAGGACGGUCUGGCUGCGGAAGGCUCGCCUGCUAGUGGGCGAGGCAAAGGGUGGAGGCAAACACCCAUAUUGCAGAGCACGUCUUCCUUUCAGCCAUUUCAAUUCUUAAAAAAGAGUGCCAAGGGGCGUAAGGGUACACUUGACAACGGUUGGGCAUCCGAGGACGUCACGGAGGAGAUGGGUGAUUUCGAUUUUGAAAACAAUCUGGCGAAAUUUGACAAAGCCACCAUUUUCGACCAAAUGAGAAGGGAGGAUCAGGUCGAUGAUGCGAGCCGCUUAGUAGCCCACAACCGCAAGCCAAAGCCUGGUACGGCUGGCGGUAAGAACUUGCAUUACACAGAAAAUGUGCUGGAUCUGCCCCCGAUCACCAAGAAGGACGCAUAUUCGUGGAACAGCGAGGCGGAUGAUGGGCUAAAUGGGGCAGAGAGGCUCUCGGGACGGGAAGUCCGAAGCAGCCAAAGUAACCGGAGAGCUGACAGCAAGUCGGGCCCUUCACGGAGAUCACAGUCACGCAAAGCAAGUGCCGUUGCGACAUCUGGCGGUCUGCCGCUGACCCGCGUCAACUCUGGCCAAGGUCACCCGCCUGGCCUAUACCUAGUCCCUUCGCACAAGCGUCUUGAAACCGUCUCUGCCUUGCAGAUGCUGAACCUCGAAAACAUUGCUGCAAACGAAGUUGGACUGACGGAGCAGCUCAUGGCCGAGAAUGGAGGACGAGGCAUCGCCGAGGUGACAUUUAGGGCCUUGACAGAUCCUGCUAUCAAGGUGCGGUUCGGACUUGCUGGUGCUAAUCCAUCCUCAAGCGCUACAUUAAGCAGUCCAGCAGUGGUUAUCCUAGCUGGUAACAACAAAUCAGGCAUGCGAGCAAUUGCUGCCGCGCGUCACCUUCGAAACAAGAAUGUGAACAUGCUUGUGUGUCUGGUCGGUAUUGAACGAGAAAAAGACCUGCUCGAGGACCUACGACAACAGAUUCAACUAUAUCGAGCUUUUGGCGGCAAGAUUCUUAGCAAGGUCGACCUUUUCGAGCAUCUACGCAAGUCGUCAUCAUCAGGAUCGCCCAUAUCGGUGGCCCUUAUUAUUGAUGCUCUUCUGGGCUUAACCAUUUCAUUUGAGGAACUGCGGACUGGUGACCAGGCUGCUGUAUACGAGUUGAUGGAAUGGGCGAACCGUAACGAAGCCUUUGUUCUUUCAGUUGAUGUCCCGACGGGUAUCGACCCGACUUCUGGAAAAGUAGCAGUGAUUGAUGGCAGUCAACUGUUUGUCAAGCCACGAUAUGUUGUUGCCAUGGGAGCGCCUAAGCGAGGUCUGCUCGAGGCUGUGACGCCCCCAGAUGAGGACGACCCACAGAACAUGAACAACACUGCGCACGACGAUGAUUGGCGUCUCUUUAUUGCGGAUAUCGGCUUAGGUAGUGCUGUGUGGAGGAAAGCCGGAACCAAGAUUCGACGAGGUAUCGACUUUGAUGAGAAGUGGGUACUCGAGAUGAAGUAUUCAGAUGGCCAGCAUGAUGAAAGCGACGACGAAGAGUAG